AUGUCGGAUUCUAGUGAGGACGAAGCGGAAUAUCUUCCAAGCGGAGAUGAAUGCAAACGAAGGUGUGACGAAUUCGUUAAUGUGACUGGAACCAACUCAGCUCUUGCCAUGUUUUUCUUACAAAAUGUUAAAUGGGAUCUUCAAGCUGCAAUAAAUUACUAUUUUGAGAAAAAUGGUGGGGCUCCUCCAUCAUUGCCAAAUAGCUUAAAACGACCAAGAGACCCUGAAGAAAGUACAGCUGACACAAAUCCAAGUGCAAAACGACAUUCCUCCAUAGAACCAGCUGGUUUGUUACAAAAAGCGGCAAAAAAUGAAGAUAAACGAAUUCGCCUGCUUUCUUGGAAUAUUGAUGGCCUCGACACAAACAAUCUGAAGACCAGGACAAAAUUUGUGUGUCAAGUUAUUGCCAAUGAAAAUCCUCAUAUUGUCUUCUUACAAGAAGUUGUCCCUGAAGCAGUGAUCAUUUUGAAAAAGCUUUGUCCUGGUUAUCGUUUUACUGUUUCUGGUCUUGUUGGUUACUUCACAGCCAUUCUUCUGAAAGAAUCUGAUGUGAAAUUUGAGAGUGAAGGUGUUCAGCCUUUUUAUUCCAGUGUAAUGAGUCGUUCAUUGCUCGAGAUUGAGUGUCAAGUCAAAAGUAUGUCAUUUUUACUUAUCAAUACUCACUUAGAAAGUAUGGGAAGCCACUCAGCUGAGAGGAAGAAGCAGCUAAAAGCAGGUUUUCAAAAAGUUCAAGAAGCUGACAACUCAAGAACUGUGAUAUUUGGUGGAGAUCUCAAUUUGCGAGAGAAAGAAUUGACUGAAAUUGGACUCCCAAGUCAUGUCAUCGAUGUUUGGUCUGCAACUGGCGAACGUCCUGAGGCAAAGUUCACGUGGGACUUAACCAGGAAUGAUAACAAAGUCUUAGAGGGAAAACGCUACCAACCAAAGUGCCGUUUUGAUCGUAUCUAUUUACGGCAUCCAAAGGCAGGAACUUUAGUAAAACCUGUAUAUUUUGAACUUGUGGGUCUGGAACGGAUUCCAAAAUGCCAACGUUUUGCAAGUGACCAUUGGGGGUUGUUAGCUCAUUUUGAUAUUCAAGUCUAA